AUGGGAAUGCUCGAGUCGAAGCCCACGCUGCCGCCACAAGACUUGGCCUAUCUCACGCGGCACACCCACUCACUGGGCCGCCAUGACCGGGUCUUUACGAAACGGUUCUUCACCAUCUUUGAUUCGGACGGCAACAACGAGAUAGACUUCAGGGAGUUCUGUCUGGGCAUAUCGGUGUUCUGUGAGCGUGGGACGACCGACGAGAAGAUCAAAUACUCGUUUCGUAUCUACGACAUCGACGGCGAUGGCAACAUCGAUCGGAACGAGCUGCAUCAGCUGCUCAAGGCCGCGCUCUCCGAGAACAUGCUGGACCUCACCGACGAGCAAAUCGGCACGCUGGUCGACGACACCUUUGCACAAGUGGACUCCAACGGCGAUGGGCGGAUAUCGUUUGAGGAGUACGAGCAGAUGGUGCGAGCGCAUCCCUCGUUCCUGCAGUUCCUCACCAUCGACACCUCGUCCCUCUUCGGCCGAAAAGACAGUUUCAACGAAGACUGA